AGAGCGCCUCUCUAUCUCUAUCUCUCUCCGGUUCUACCAUGGAGAGGGACUUCCUCGGCGCGAUUGGGAGGACCAAGGAGGAGCCAGAGAUGGAGGACGCCGGCGGCGGCAAGCCGGAAUCAGAUUACCUGGGAGGAGCAGCGCCGCCCGCCACGCAGUGGCAGUACCAGGCCAAGGCCGGCGCCACUCCGGCGUUCAUGUCAUUCCGGCCAGCGGCGGAGGGCACCAGGGACUCGUUCUCCGCGUUCCGGCAGCAGCAGCAGCAGCCGGCCGUCGUCACGCCCCAUCAUCAUCAGAGUCAGUUCGGAUUCGACGGCCGUGUCAGCCCGCAGCAGUACGCCGCCGCUGUGGCGCACGCGCAUGGCGUUGAUUCCUACGACGUGCCGGCUCGUCAUCAUCUGGGAGUAGCACAAGCUGCUGGAUCCAGGCCGUUUCACCACCCGAUGCAGCUCAAUCCGGGGAACCCCAUGCUCAGGGUGCAGAGCCUCCCGAGUGUUGCCGCAGGUGCCGUCCCGUUCAAGAACCAGUAUCUCAUGAUGAACAGCCCCGUGCCUAGCUCUACAGUUGGUGUCUACGGUCCAAGGGACCUGCGAAACCCAGAGGCUACGCGGAUGACCAUAUUCUAUAACGGCGCCGUGAAUGUAUUCGACGUCCCGAUGGAGAAGGCGCAUGAACUACUGGUUCAAGCUAGCAGGGCAUCUAUUAUUCCAAGCACAAUGCAUAAAUCAGAUUCGCCUGUUUCCGCUGAUGCGAGAUUUGCAGCACCUGAGGUUUCGCUUGUGAACAAGAUUGCAAUCCAGAAAUCAGAGAACUUUGUGCCUCGUGUACCUGCCAUUUCUAGCCCAGUCCCUAUCAUGCCACAACCUGCUGCUCUCUCCAAGAGCACGUCGAGCUCUAACAAUGAGAGCGCAGGCCCGACAUCUUCAGGCGUGCCGUCGGCUGUUCCUCCAGCAAGCCAGGCAUCCACGGCUGAACCACUGCAGCAGGCGAUUUCUGCUGCUGCGGCAGCAGCUGUUACGCCAAGAGCUGUCCCUCAAGCCCGUAAAGCAUCACUUGCCCGAUUCUUGGAGAAGCGAAAGGAAAGAGUUUCUACCGUCGUGCCAUACCCAUCGUCCAAGAGCCCAUUGGACAGCAGCGACAGCGCGCCAAGCAAGUCAUCCGGCACAGACGUUGCUCUGUCGACCAACAACGGCCAGGAGCCUGCGAGCAUAGGGCUCUCAAGGAACAUCAGCUUCAGCAGCAACAAAGUCCCCAGCACAGAUUUACAGAUCUGAAACCUGCUCAACUGUCCAUAUACUCCAUAGUCCAUACUAUAGAUUCGGGGAGAGCCUACUGGCGACAUGAAACGGGCCGUUUUAUUUCAACAGAGGCAGCAGAGAUCCUGUCAUAAGAAUGAGGAUAUGAGCUCUGCGAUAUUGCAGGUUCGAGGCUCUUCUGGAUUGAUUUUUGCCCAGGCGGUAUCACCAUACUGCAGUUGAGAAAGAUACGUUGCUGAUUAUCA